GAGCGACAGUCACUCGCACCAUGAAGAACUUUACCCUGAUCGCAGUUUUAAGUCUCUGCAGCUUCAGCUGGAUCUCUGUCUCUUUUUGUCAGUCUCAGACUGUUGAGGUCCAGACUGGUGAAGAAGUGACACUGCUGAGCAACAACAUGUCCGACUCUAAAUCUGUGGUAUUAUGGUUCAGACUGGUGGACGGAACCAAGACCAGCUGCAUCUCUCUAAUGACCGACUCGUCUAAAGACGUUGUUUACGACAAGGGAUUUCAACAUGGAAAAUUUAAAAUGAACUCCAACGUAUCCACUGUCAGUCUCAAAAUCAAACAAGUGAAUUUAUCUGACGCUGGACUGUAUUUCUGUGGAUUUUACAACAGUGGACGUCCAGUUUUUAGUGUAACACGUUUAGAUGUAAAAGGCAGCCAUGACCCACAUGAUGACGUGCGCAGCAAGUGUGAAAACGAGUCUGAGGAAUCAGCACAGCUAAACAUUGUGAUCUUGGCUGGUCUGACUGUUUUCCUUGUAAUGCUCAUCAUUGGUCUGGUUGUUAAAAUCAUGAAUCUUCAGACAGCUGGUGAAGAAGAAGAACAGAGUCCAGAGCACCAAGAGAACGUGGGCUCUGAUGACCUGAACUACGCAGCCGUGACAUUUCGACUGGAGCCAAAUGUUGUUUAUGCUUCCACCAGAUAGACUCAGGAGGCAGCUGCAACUGAUGCUGUAUCAUAUCAGGC